AACCAGUCUGACUGCCAGUAGUCUGUCGGAGUGCACUGGAAGAUAGAGCGAGCGUAUUCUGCAAAAGGAGCACAAAUCUUCUCAAGUCAGCAAUGGACGAUUAUUUGAGAAUCGAGAAAAUUGGAGAAGGCACCUAUGGGGUGGUAUACAGAGGCAAACACAAGGCCACUGGUCAAAUUGUGGCAAUGAAAAAGAUCCGCUUGGAGAGUGAGGAGGAAGGGGUUCCCAGCACUGCGGUGAGAGAGGUCUCCUUGCUUCAGGAGCUCAAGCACCCAAAUGUUGUAAGACUCCUUGAUGUCCUGAUGCAAGAGUCUCGUCUCUAUCUUAUCUUUGAGUUCCUGUCCAUGGACCUGAAGAAAUACCUGGACUCCAUCCCUUCUGGCCAGUACAUGGAGCCCAUGUUGGUCAAGAGCUACCUCUACCAGAUCUUAGAGGGCAUCUAUUUCUGUCAUUGUCGUCGAGUCCUCCAUCGAGACCUGAAGCCCCAGAACCUUUUGAUCGACAACAAGGGAGUUAUCAAACUGGCUGACUUUGGACUGGCUCGGGCCUUUGGUGUUCCCGUCAGGGUCUAUACCCACGAGGUAGUGACCCUUUGGUAUCGAGCUCCCGAGGUUCUCCUGGGCUCCCCCCGAUAUUCAACUCCUGUCGACGUUUGGAGCGCCGCCACCAUUUUUGCUGAACUGGCCACCAAGAAGCCACUGUUUCAAGGAGACUCUGAAAUCGACCAGCUUUUUAGAAUUUUCAGGACACUGGGAACGCCAGAUAACAUUGUUUGGCCUGAAGUGGAAAGCCUGCCUGACUAUAAAAGCACUUUUCCCAAAUGGAAGCCUGGCAACCUCGCAUCAAUGGUGAAAAACCUGGAUAAGAAUGGGCUGGACCUACUCAAAAAAAUGUUGGCAUACAAUCCUCCCAAAAGAAUUUCAACCCGCGAGGCCUUGACUCAUCCUUAUUUUGACGAUUUGGACAAGACAAGCCUCCCUUCGGCCAACAUCAAGAAAACCUAACUUACUUUUAAAUAUAGUCAUGUUUACCCUGUAAAUACGUUUGUGUGACAGUCCUGAACAUUUGGUGUUUGUCAUCCUUCUCAAUAAAGCAAUAUUUACUGUC